CCACACCCCCAUCUUUCAGCCCACCCUCUGCUCAGCUGCCGCGGACCGAACAUUCCUCAUCUCCGGACGAGAUCACGGCGACGAAGCCCGACGAGCCCGAAUUCAACGAAUCUACCAUUUCCAUGACUCUCCGAAGGGGCACGUAAGGUUCGAUGUUGGGUCGCGGCGUGAAGAGGAAGUGGAGCUGUGUGGAGGACAUUCACACUGCUGUGAAAGAAGAGGAGCAGCAGGAUGGGUUGGGGGAUGUGGAAGCUGCUAACUUCAGAUCGGAGGACAUGAGCCACCUGCAGCAGCGUCAGCGGGUGUUCGGCCUCUGUUUGCAGAAGCUGCAGCGCUACCAGGCCGGCAUGGACCUCAGUCUGCGUCGCUCCGUGCUGCUCAUCAACACUCUCCGGCAGCUGCAGGAGGACAUGCAGAGCGACGCGUCGGCCAAACCGGAUAUGUUUCUCAAUGGUGUCCAUACUGACUCGCAUCUACUCAGGGACGACAUGGCCGUCACCUGCUCUGGGUGCUCGGAGGCCGACCAGCAGAGCGUUUCUCUGUUCCCCGCACCAAUCCAAGAACCGUCUUCACAGGAAGAGCUAAGCUCUGACCCACAGAAAGCACUGCCUGCUUAUAGCGACGCUGUAAACACCACGGGUUACCUCACUGACUUUGCCCUGGACGACAUCUUCGAUGACAUCGACACGUCCAUGUAUGAGACGGCCGAUCUGCCCUCGGCCUGGGCGAUGGGCUCUCUGUGGCCGAUGAGUGUGUCUCUAUGGGCGGAGGAGGAUUUAAAAAUGCGGCCCGGGAGCCACUCCAACUCUGGGAGUCACCAGUCUUGUCUGAUGGACCUGAAUGAGCUGGAUCACAUCAUGGAGAUUCUGGUGAAGUCCUGAUCGAAGUAAGGACCUUUACAAGAGUUGUAAAGCAGUGACUUUUGGAAGAAUGCAGUAUAAAAUACUGUUCCUGAUGGAUUCUACCAUUUUUCAAGAAGUCUUUUGUUCAAUUUUGCAUGUCCUUAUAUUGCAAUCAAUGUUUUCACAACUGAAAUUCGAACAACUCGACCAUUUUUGGUCACACAGUAGCACCUCUCCUUUACAGACUAGUGUACGUCACCACCUCCAAAAUAUAGGAUUCGAAACUAUGUUCACACCAGGCUAAAGCGCUACAAUACAUGAGCGACUGGCACGACAUGUUUGGGGCGACAUGUUUCGCUGCCUCAAAUCUGAUUAACCAAUCAGAGCCCAGAUAUCAAGUCCAUCAAUAAGACAGAGUCAAGUUUGCCUCAGAAGGCUCUGGUAGACCUGGAGAUGGCAGCGUCCAAAAGUGUUUUUUAUGUUAACAUGUCCACAGUUGAUAAAGGGCUACAAUUCUGCUUCACCCAUCCACCAUUUUGACUUCUCACUAACUUAAGUCCUCCCAGCAAACGGACCUACUUGAUGUUGCUCAUCACACGGGUACUAGUAGUGCGACAAUUCAGAGUGAACGUACCUUUGGUGCCAUUUUACUUCUCAACUCAAAUCAUCAAAGAAAAAAAGCUGGACCAAUUUGCGAGCACGUACUUGUGUAUGUGUCAUUACGUAAUAGUCACAGAGUAACGUCUGACCAGGCUAAAGACAUUUUGUAAAUCUAGAAUGAUAAAAGUUCAUUUCUGACAAACCAGCAAACGUAACUGAGUUCCUCCUCGUCUCGGCACGUUUUUUUUUAAAUGCCUGACUCAGUCUGAGUCGCCACUAAGACAUGUUCAGUCAGGUCCUGGUUGAUUAUUAAUUAAAUCCCUUUAUUUACUGAGGCUGAUCUGCUGGCGUCCAAAGUGUCUUUCGCUGUCCAACGUGGACGCUGUCUCUAAAACCAGCCAUUUAUUUAUUUAUAUUUAAAGUCAGGUGACUCAAGCAGGAAGACAGUGAUCAGGGGAGGGGGGUGGAGGGUCACCUCAUUUGUUCUCUUUAUUCUCCUAUUUAUGAAUGAAACUCGACCACAAACUUUCUUCUCUGUAUGUGUUCAUGAUUGGUUUUGUGUGCGUGUAACUUAUGAUGGCUCUUUGAAGAGUGUCAUGGAUGCUGGUGGUUCUCCUCUACGGCAGCUGGCAUGAAGAAAACAUGUAUUUACCAGUAUAUCUGAAUUGUAAAGCAGAGACUCCUAUGUAUUUUUAUGGCCUUUAUGGUAUACAUUUUACACCCAGGACAAAUCUGUACAAACUCUCCUAGAUCGUAGAAGACUUCUGAAGCAUGUGUAUGGUUUCUCCUGCUCUACCUCUCAUGUUAGCCAGUUUACUUCCACUGAAAACAGUACCUUUGUUUCUGUCCAAAGAAGCCAAAGACAUGUAUUCUUCAUCACAUUUUGACAACGUGCCUUUCCUACUGAGCAGAACUCUUAAACUGUGCUGCGGCUCAUGGCGUUAAAGGUGCAAUUUGAAAAGGAACGAAGAGCCAGAGCCGCCAUCGUCUCUCCCUUCUUCUUGGCCUUUUUUUUCUGUGCUUGCUGAGCACCACUUGCAUAUGAGCUUAAUGUUUCCUGACAGGCUGACAGCAAACUAGCUGAGGGAGGAGGUGUUGGAGAGGGCUGGGAGGGAAAAUGCGAGGAGGAAGUGGAGGAGGGGAGGAAACCGCCUACGUCACUUUUCCAGUAGGAGGAGCUUGGUGCUUGUUUUGCCCAGACUCUCACCAACAUCCAAUCACAUGGGUUGUGGAGGAAGCACACUGCCUCAAACAACAACUUGUUUUGAUGGUUCCUGCACAGGCAGAUACACUAUGAAGCUGUUGGAACUCAACCUGAGUAUUCUUUUUCUAUAACCUGUAUGAGGGCAAAACUGUGUCGUACUUGAGGGCCUACAAAGCACAACAGUCCGCGUCGAUGGUCAGAUGAUAUUAAUGUAUUCAAAUGAAGCAUUUGCUGGGUGUAAUUGAUAAUGUAUUUUUUCUGUGAAAUAUUUUAUAGAUUUUAUUCAAAAUACAGUUAAUUGCCA